AUGGCUACUCUGCUGGCACCAGCAUUCUUCGAGUUAGAUGGGCCAGAGAGCGAGGAAGCUAUAGAACAAAUAAGAAGAGGAUUGCAAAGCUUCCAAGAAAUCUGGGACAUGAGUAUAGUGAACAUGAGGGCCCCAAUAAAGAAAUCUCGGAAGAAGGUGGUAAAUUUAGAAGACGUAAUCAGGACGAAGCCCUUUCCACAUAUCCCCACGGUAUCAUCCUUAUAUACAGGUAUUCCAGAUGAUCCAUCUCCUCCUGAAGAGCCUGAUGUACUUCCUACAGUGCCCGAAGUUCCUGAGGAGCCUGAAGAGGACGAGGAGGACGAGGAGGACGAGGAGGACGAGGAGAAGGACGAGGAGGACGAGGAGGAGGACGAGGACGAGGAAGACCCUACCUGCUGUCAAACAUUUCGCAUGAGAAGGUAG